CUCGAAUUUAUAUUACAUUUCCCUUUUUCUAUCUAGAUAUGCUUCGCUCAGAAUUUGACAACCUCCCCGUUCUGAUUGUAGAACAAAUAAUUCGGGGAAUUCUUGGCCAUGGUCUGGCAGGCAGUUGGCUAAAAGAGAUUGGCACCGGUGCAGUGCAUGACCAUUCGCUUGUUCCGAUCAUGAACCAGACAUGGGGCAGGGUGGUCGACUCAAUGGCCAAUGAAUGCGCUGAGCUCGAGAUAGCGGCAGAGGAUUUCUCGGCGUCAGGUGUCAGCGAUAGAAGCGUUAGAAAUAGCCUGAGGGUAGUUAUUGCUAACGGACAUCAUGCGCUGCUAAAAAUGUUUCGCCUAGACAUUACUUUCGCCAGAGGUUUCUAUCCGCCUAUUAUCGACUAUAUUACCAGGCUGCUUCAGGGGAAUGUGUUUCCUGCUGCAAGCACUCUGCUAGUAACGAUUCGGGACGAAUGGGUGGCUUGGGAAAGGCCACAGAGUGGUCCCCGUGGUAACACUAUAGACAGAAGUGACAGCCAGGACCCCAGUAUACUCACGCACACUCGACGAUUUUCGGCGGAUCUCGGCAUGCUGCUCAAGAGCGCGUUUCCAAGAGUUCGAAACUUGGGAGUCGAGGCAAUAAGCACUAACAAGGAGUUCCGCCUGGUAGUCAUACCAGGAGAUCUACAAUUCGCUUGCUGGUACUCUGCGGCAGCUAUCAACAGGCGGCGAAAUCCAACUGAGGGUUGGUGCAAGCCACUGAGCCCUGCACCGCUUCAGUAUAUAAAAAUCAGCCUUCUGAAAGUCGAACUUGGAUGGGCCGCGCUAAUCCGUCGCAAUGCACAGACAUUGGAACGGUUGUUUAUCCAUACCACUGACUCGGAUAUUUCUCUGGAAUAUUCUUGGUGAUGGUCGCAAAACGACGAUUACAUACCCUGUGCUUCGC